AAGGCGCCCUCUGUAUCUUAUUUCAAUCUCUCAUACUUUUUUUCCGCAUUUCCCAAAGAUGGCAACAUUAAAGUCCUUCGUUUCAUUCCACAACAUCCGCUACAGCCUUGUUGCUGCAUGAACCAAAAUCGAAUUAAUAUUCGGUGAACUCAAAUAUGUCUUUGGUAAUACCUGAAAAAUUUCAACACAUUCUUCGUGUUAUGAACACGAAUAUUGAUGGCAGAAGAAAAGUUAUGUUUGCGUUGACCGCUAUUAAGGGUGUUGGUCGAAGGUUCUCCAAUUUAGUAUGCAAGAAAGCAGAUGUAGAUUUAAACAAAAGAGCAGGAGAGCUUUCUGAUGAAGAGGUGGAAAAAUUGAUCACAAUUAUGUCUAAUCCCCGGCAAUACAAAAUUCCAGAUUGGUUUCUAAACAGGCAAAAGGACAUUAAGGAUGGUAAAUUCAGCCAAGUUACUUCAAACGGUUUAGAAAACAAACUUCGUGAAGAUUUGGAGCGUCUUAAGAAAAUCCGAGCUCAUAGAGGAUUGAGACAUUACUGGGGCCUACGUGUUAGAGGUCAACACACAAAGACAACUGGAAGAAGAGGCAGAACAGUAGGUGUAUCUAAGAAGAAGAAUUAAUGUUAAUAAAUUUAUUACACUCCUA